CAAUGAUUUACGGUAUAUAAACUGUUGUUCCCUUUAACAUUCAUCCACACCUGUUUGGCUGAUAAAACUUCUCAACUUCAGAGUUGUAGCACAGCCUCUUAUAUUAUUUUUAAAGAUACGCUUGCCAAUUCCAAUGAUAAUGACUCACAUUUUUACUUUCCUCUUGUUUGUGUUGAUGUGUCGUUCUAGCAAUGCGGCAUUUACAGGGACACUACCCACAGGUCUGCAUUCAUAUGCUCAGAAUGCUAUUAUCAAUAAUCACAACAACGUUCUUAACUCGGAUCCGAAUUACAGUGGUGGAAUAUAUACUGUUCCUGCAGGACAGGCGGGUACUUACUUGGUGUCUGUUACAAUGAUGUCAGGCGAUGAUAGCACUCACACUACUCUUAUGAAGAAUGGAGCUAUUUAUGUGUGGCUAUAUACUGGUGAAAAAUAUGAAAUGGCAACCCAAACUGUCAGCAUGACACUGGUAGUGGGAGACCAGAUUCGGGUGCAAAUGACCAACAAGGCAUCGACUCUCUUUGAUGUUUAUAACACUUUCACUGUAGCUAAAAUUGAGUCACCUUAAUUCAAAUGUAACGUUAAGUUUUUAUGCUGCAUUUCCGCAAAAACAAAACAAGUGAAUACUUUUUAAUAAAGUUUACAAUUUG